UUAACGGCUUGUUCAAAACAGAGUUGCCUCACCCGUUAACUAAGUGAUCAUGACUCAUGAGGCCCAUGAUCACCACUUUAUCUUCAAGAGCUCUGUUUUUCUGCACUGCAUGGCUUAUCUAACAACAAUCAGCCCAACAUCUAACCUUCUUAAUCCCCUUAAUUUUAAACCCAGAAAUUCCUUAAUUACUCCCAAAUUAAAUCCAACCCAUGUUUCAGAGAAGCAACAGGACAAAAAAUCUUGCUUCUUAGAGUUAUCUUCUUUGUCUAGGAAUGGAAGACUUAAAGAAGCAGUAAAUCUUCUUUCUCAGAUGCACUACAAUUGUGUCCAAAUUGGCCCUGAAUUUUAUGUUGAAUUACUACAGGGGUGUGUUUGUGAUCAAUCUUAUUUUCUGGGUCAGCAAAUUCAUGGGUUAAUCAUUAAAAAAGGUGAAAUCUUUAUUAAAAAUGAGUACAUUGAAACCAAAUUGGUUAUCUUUUAUGCAAAAUGUGAUGAAUUAGAUAGUGCUAGAAGGUUGUUUACAAGAUUGUGUAUCAAAAAUGUGUUUUCAUGGGCAGCUAUAAUUGGGUUAAAUUCUAGGAUAGGGUUAAAUGAACAAGCUUUAUUCGGUUAUUGUGAAAUGCUUGAAAAUGGAAUUUUUCCUGACAAUUUUGUGAUUCCUAAUGCAUUAAAGGCUUGUGGUGCAUCUCAAUGUAUUGUAUUUGGAAGGGGAAUCCAUGGGUUUAUGAUUAAGGUGGGUUUUGAAGAAUGUAUGUAUGUUGCAAGUAGUUUGGUUGAUAUGUACGGAAAAUGUGGAAUUCUUGAGGAUGCAAAGAAGGUGUUUGAUGAAAUGUCUGUGAAAAAUUCUGUGGUGUGGAAUUCAAUGAUUGUAGGAUAUGUACAAAAUGGAAUGAAUGAGGAAGCAAUUCAGUUGUUUUAUGACAUGAUGUUUGAAGAGAUUGAACCAACUCGGGUUACCAUGUCAAGUUUACUAUCAGCAUCUGCGAAUUUAGGAGCUGCGGAAGAAGGUAGACAAGGGCAUGCACUUGCAGUUUUGUAUGGUUUAGAAUUGGAUAGUAUUUUAGGAAGUUCAUUGAUUAACUUUUACUCUAAGAUUGGUUGGGUUGAAGAUGCUGAACUAAUAUUCACUAGAAUGGUGGAGAAAGAUGCAGUUACUUGGAACUUGCUAAUCUCUUGUUAUGUACAGCAAGGUUUGCCUGAAACAGCUAUAAAUAUGUGUCGUGUUAUGACAUCGAAAGGGUUAAGAUUCGAUUGUGUUACUAUGGCUUCUUUCUUUUCCGCGUGUGCUUAUACAGGUGAUACCGAACUUGGUAAGCAGGGCCAUUGCUACUGCAUAAGAAAUCUCCUCGACUCUGAUGUUGCUGUUGCAUCUAGCUUGAUUAGCAUGUAUUCCAAAUUCAAGGAAACAGGUUAUGCAGUACGAGUAUUUGACUCUUCGUUAGAGAAAGAUCUUGUCCUAUGGAAUGCGUUAUUAGCUGCGUGUGCAGAACGAGGGUUGGGUGGUAAAGCCUUGGAGUUGUUUUAUCAGAUGCAGCUGCAGGGCUUUCGACCAAAUCUGAUAUCUUGGAAUUCUUUACUUUGUGCACUCUUACGGAGUCACCAAGUGAAUGAGGCAAAAAGUAUGUUCUUACAAAUGCAUUUACUUGGUUUUGAACCAAAUGUGAUAACCUGGACUACUUUUUUAACAGGUUUAGCUCAAAAUGGGCUUGCUGUUGACGCGAUACUGCACUUUCAGAAAAUGCAAGAAUCGGGAUUACAGCCAAAUACUAGAACUAUAACUGGCUUGCUCUCAGCUUGCAUAGAUAUGACAUCCUUACUUCUCGGAAAAUCGAUUCAUGGCUACGUCAUAAGGCAAGGCCAUCAAUUCUCUGUAGAACUUUCAACUUCUUUGGUUGAUAUGUAUGCCAAAUGUGGAAAUAUAACUCAUGCAAGGAAGAUUUUUAACAUGAUGUCAGACAAAAGUUUAGCAUUAUACAAUGCCAUGAUAUCCGGUUAUGGAUUGCAUAGUAAGGUUUCAGACGCUCUUGCAUUGUACGAGUAUAUGCAGGAGGAGGGCUUAGAACCCGAUGAUGUAACCUUCACGAGCAUUCUUUCAGCUUGCAGUCAUGGAGGGCUGGUGAAUAAGGGGUUUGAUCUAUUCGCUGAUAUGGUGUCGAAAUACAACAUAUCUCCAAGAAUGGAACAUUACGGCUGUUUGGUUACACUUCUUUCUCGAUGUGGUAAUCUGGACGAGGCUAUUAUGGUGAUUAUGAGUACGCCGCUUGAGCCCGAUGCAGAAAUGUUAGGAUCACUGCUAAUUGCGUGCAGGGAAUGGAAUCAGAUAGAACUUGCUGAAUACAUAUCAACGUACUUACUUGAACUGGAACCUAAUAAUUCGGGAAACUAUGUUACACUUUCAAAUAUAAGUGCAUCAGCUGGAAGGUGGGCCGAAGCAUCAGAGUGGAGGAAUUUGAUGAAAAGUCGGGGUCUGAACAAGAAACCUGGAUGCAGUUGGGUUCAAAUCGGGUCAGAAUCUCACGUAUUUGUUUCGAGUGAUAGAUCGCAUCCUCAAAGGGAUGAGAUCAACAUGAUUCUUGCACUGUUAGAAACAGAGAUGAGAUCAAAUAUUUUGUCUUUUAAUUUGGAAAUUUGUUUCUCUUAGCAGUGGUGUAAAUUGAUAUAAAAGCCUAGUUCAUUCCUGAGA